AUGGGUAUCUAUGGCCCCUGUGAGCACCCCCAGGGCUNCAGCCUGGGCGUCCUGCGCACCCUGUACCGCCUGGGUGCCCGCUACAUGACCCUCACCCACAGCUGCAACACCCCCUGGGCUGACAACUGGCUGGUGGAUACCAAAGAUGAGGAACCUGUGCACCACGGCCUCUCACCCUUUGGGAAGAUGGUGGUGGAGGAGAUGAACCGCCUGGGCAUGAUGGUGGACCUGGCCCACGUCUCAGUGGACACCAUGAAGAUGGUGCUGAACAUCUCCAAGGCCCCCGUCAUCUUCAGCCACUCCUCUGCCUACAGCCUCUGCCAGCACCGCCGCAACGUGCCCGACGACGUGCUGCGGCUGGUGGCCUCCACGGGCAGUUUGGUGAUGGUCAACUUCUACAACGCCUACGUGACCUGCAGUGAGAAGGCGCAGCUGUCGGACGUGGCAGACCACAUGGACUAUGUGAAGAAGGUGGCUGGUGCCCAGGCUGUCGGCUUCGGGGGGGACUACGACGGGGUCUCGGGGGUCCCCACCGGCCUGGAGGACGUCUCCAAGUAUCCCAUGCUGGUGGCCGAGCUGCUGGCGAGGAACUGGACGGAGCAGGAGGUGAGGGGAGCCCUGGCUGAGAACCUGCUCCGGGUCUUCAGCGAGGUGGAGGAGGUGA